AUGGAGAAGCUGCCACCACAGUACCACAAGUGGUCUCGAGCUUUCUCUCAGCAACUGGCCGACCAGCUGCCCCCUCAUCGGCCAGGUGUGGACCUGAAGAUCGAAGUGCUAAAAGACGAGCAUGGCCGAGAGAAGCCCCUACCCUGGGGACCGCUUUACAGCAUGUCCCGCGAGGAGCUAUUAGUGCUACGAAAGACCCUCACAGAACUACUCGACAAGGGAUUUAUUAGAGUCAGCAGCUCGCCAGCCGCAGCACCAGUCCUUAUGGUGAAGAAGCCCGGUGGAGGCAUCCGCUUCUGCGUAGAUUAUAGAGGUUUAAACCAUAUAACGAAGAGGGACCGCUAUCCCUUGCCCUUACUGAGCGAGACCUUGCGAACUAUAGCCAAGGCAAGGGUCGCCCCCGCCGACGAAGAAAAGACAGCUUUCAGAACGCGCUAUAGAUCCUUCGAAUGGCUGGUAGUUCUAUUCGGCCUAACAGGCGCACCAGCAGCCUUUCAGCGGUAUAUUAACAGCGUGCUCCAGGAUUACCUAGAUGAUUUUAUGUCAGCGUAUAUCGACGAUGUCCUGAUCUUCUCCUCUAGAAGCCUGCAAGACCACCGCGACAAAGUCGGCAAGGUCCUCCAACGACUGAUAGACGCUAGGCUGCAACUAGACAUCAACAAGAGCGAAUUCGAAGUUAAGGCUAUGAAAUACCUUAGGUUUAUUAUCGAGGCGGAGUGUGGGAUCCGAGUCGACCCAGAGAAGGUUAAGGCUGUGAAGGGAUAG